UGGUAAAUUUCGCCCGUCACGCUUGACCCGACUAGUUUUGUUUCAUCAAACGACUGGCACUGUUCUCAAUUGACGGAGCCUCACUACUCGCAUGACGGAUAAAGCACGACACCAAUCAACAUUUCUCCAUCAUCGACUGGCGAAGCUCCUACACAUGGUCAAAAUUUCUCCUGAGAGUGACUGGCAAAUCUCUUCACACUUCGAUCGGCUGCUGACGACAGGUACAACUAAUUGAACGACUUGCUGGCAGAGAGCAACAAUAGCAAUAAAAAACUGAAAACGAGCUUGCUGGCAGGAGCAACAAUAAUAAUAAAUGCGUUUCUUUUUCGUCAUCGGUCGUUUGAAUGCGAUUGCUUGACUAGGUUAUUAUUUUAGCUUCAAAUGACUGGGGAAUGAAUGACUGGCAAACGAAGUGACUGGUCGUUAAGGAACAGUCAAUUGAGUUUGACGGACCAAGAGGCUUCACAGUCACAGCUUCACGCAUCAUGACGAUGACUUUUGCCAAGCCUGGUUGCAACAAACACAUUAAACGAAUACAUACUUUCAUUUUUCUUUGAAAAUGGUUGUACUUAUUGAAAGUAAAUUAAGUUCAGCGGAUUUUUUUUGAUAUGUCUCAUUUGGUUUUUGAUGGGGAAGAGUCUGAAAAUGGCUUGAAGAAUGGUAUUUAAAAACUUAGAUCAGUUAAAAAUCAAACCAUUACUUCAAACCGGAUUGGCGCGUCUUACAAUACAUUCUGGAUUAACAGGUAAUGGUAAUGAUAAUUCAUGGUUUCCCGAACAACAUCUCGGCGCUCAGGUUUGAAUGGGCCUGGCAACAGCCCAAGGUAUCCAGGCGGCUCAAAGCCAUUCCAGAACUGCAGAAAAAGCAGCGCAAAGAAAGCAACCUGGAGUACAACUUUCGCAUACUCACCGAGAUGCUCCGGAUCGGUCCCUGGAAUCGAUUACCGCUGACGGUGCGCUGGCUGGCCGACGAGUAUCAUCGCGAGUUUGAGAUAGGGAAGGUGCCACCCAUGCAUAUGCCAAUUAGCUUCGGACGCAUCAAGAAAGUUCGUAAAAAGGGAAACGCCAGCGAACAAACAGACAAGACGAGAAGACGGCAAAAGAAGACGACGGCAACAGGGAAGAAAUGUGAAGAACCUGGGGCCGACCGGUUGGCGAUUGCCGUUUCAUCGAAUAAUGGCAAAUCAAAGAAUAGUAAAAGUAAACACAUUACCGUUAAUUACGAUUAUGAUGUGGACGAGUAUGACCUGAUUGUGAUGGGCGGUGGAGCGACGGAAGAAGAAGCGGCAGAAGCAGAACCCGCUCAGGGAAGUUCGCGGAAUGAGGGCAUAGCUGAGGCCGAUGGUGCUAAUCAUGAUAUAAUCAUUAGUUCGGAUGACGAUCAAGAAGACGAGCACGAGCACCAGCAGCAAUCACUGGCCGAUUGUUGUACGAUUUGUCAGGGAUCCAUUCGCGUUUUUUCUGAGCAAGAAGAUGAUGGGCAAGGUAGCUGCAGCAGCAGUGAUUUUCCGUUGCGGUGUAUUCAGUCGAGCUGUCGAUUGAUUUGUCACAUUGAGUGCCUGGCGAGCCGGUGUCUGGAACCAGGUCAAUAUGUCCCUGUUGCCGGGAAGUGUCCCAUUUGCGACAGCUACUUUCUGUGGGGAGAUUUGAUUCGGAAAGCAAAUGGGUGCAGUGAUCUGGUACAGGAUCUAGACAAUACCACUGUCCUUGAGGUGGAUGAUGUUUCCGAUAGUGAUGUUGAAUAAUUAGUUGAAUUUUCGUUUGGUUUAGAAAAUAGAUUUACCUAAAGGGUUUUUGAUAUUUUUUUAGUUUUAAUUGAGUUACCAUAUUAAUACCACGUCCUAGCUAAAACCAGAACUUCGAAUCCAAUUUCUGGAUGUUAAUUUUAAAUUCUGAAUCUGAAUUUUCUGUUCAAAGCUUAACACCGUUUGUUAAGUUAUUCAUAUGAUAAGUAGUGCAUUGAUUAUUAUCGCCAGUUAAUUUCGACCAGUUAGAUCAAUCCGAUUCAAUAAGAGCAAAUGUGACCCUCCCUACCAAUACUACUUCGACAAUAUGAUGCUAAAUUUUGGCGCAAAUAGUUUUCGUCAGAGCAGGAAAAAUUUAAAUAAAGGAUUAUAUAGUCGACCAUAGAGAAGUAAAGUUGUCCCUUAAUAAAUCGCGCAAUAAAAAUUGUUGGUUUUGAUUUAACCAUUGCGAGUAUUCAUUAUAAAACAUUUUUAGUGCCGUGACCAGGAUACAAAUAUCCGCCCGUUCUGUGUCAUGUGAAUACAACUCGAACGUUGGUUUUUUGUUCUGCGACCCACCAUUCCUGUAUAGUUCAUCAAAAACGGACGCUCAAAACUUCAUACCUACCACCAUUGCGAUUCCCAGCUGGUGGUUUGAAUACGUUCCAUCCCUUGCCAAGAAGCUUCAAACGGAAUCUGCAGAGCUAAAAGAUAUACAAGGCCUCCUGAUUAAACAGGAAUCAGGUAAUUACCUCUCCAACCUGUUACCAGCCGUUAGUCGGUGCUUUUAGAUUUCGUUUGUUUUCUAUACAUUGUUCGACUGGAGCGUUAUUAAAUUGGACAACAUUUGCUGAAGUUUUGGGAGAGUGCUGAAUCAGUUCCGAUCAAGGAGCUUUGAUAACAGUCAUCGUCAGAUCCUUUUACGAGAACACACAGAAAGAACCAUAACCGUGACCCGGAGGGCAUUUGAACCACUAGCAGUUUAUGAUAUUAAAAACAAGGCAUUGAACUGCCUUGGUCAGGUGAGCACCUUUCCAAGUGAUUCAUUUUUUGUUGUCCGGCCUACCUGGUGUUUUCUUGCAGGCUACGACUUCCUGUUAGAAAAAGGAAACUAGCAAGAAAAUCUACGCUUACAGUAAGUUUGGAUCAAAUCUGUUUUCGGAUACCGUCAAGGGUGCAACAACCGACAGCUGACAUAUUGUAUUUAUACAAGGCACUAAAUUGCCUUGGUCAGAUCCCAGCAAACAAUAAAACAUGUCAACGUCCGACAUGGAUCAGGAUCGUUAUAAGCAGCAACUCUGCUCUAGAAG